AUAAAAAGCGUUGCCGUGAAGCGUUUAAGUGAGGAAGAGCAACGACUGUAAAAAGGUGCAGGUGUGGUCGAAUACCGAAAACAUUUUUCAGAAGUGCGGCAUCGAAAGCUGUAGCAAAAUGAUGAAAGAAGGUGCGGAAAGCAGCAGUGUUGUAUGGGAGUCUCGGAUGUCGCUUCUCUCGCUUUUUGAUUCUCGCCGGCGCUUCGAGAAAUUCGAUAACCGUAAAGAUUAUUCCGUUUGUCUCGGAUUGGCUCUUCUGUAUGGGUCGUGGAAUAAAAGCUGUGCAAGUCCUGCUUUCGAAGAAAAAUCCCGGGCUCUGUUGUCUCGUUUGUUAGCGGAAUCUACGGACGGUCUGAUUAUCCAUCGCUAUGCUGCGAUGGUUGAGAUCGACUCUACCGACGAAGACUUGGAGUUUUGUAUCGGCGACGGCGACUCCUUCGUAAAGCGUCUUGCUCUUCCACCCAAGGACAUGCCCGCUUUUGCAAUUUUGUGCCAUACUAAGGGUGUAGAUAACACGAAUUUGCGCUACAUUUCCAGUGUUCAGGCAUCAACUAUACUGAGCGCAAUAUGCAAGAGCAAAGUUGAUACGAGAGCAGCAAACCUUCAUCCUUUAAGGAAAGCAAUAGAAUCCGUGGAAGAUGAAUACGAUCUUUCCGUGGUUCCGCAUAAAUCCUGCGAGUCUUUGCGGAUAUUCAUUGCCGGUGAUCGUUCUUCGGUCGGCAAGUCUAGCGUGUGUUUGGGUAUACUUGGUAAUUUACUGCAUACCGGGUACCCGGCAUCAUCGCUGGCCUACAUCAAGCCCGCGACGCAAAGCGAAGCCACGCAACUCAUUGAGCGCUAUUGUCUCAAAAACGAUAUUCGAUGCGUUCCGGUUGGCCCUCUGGUAUACUAUCGGGGCUUUACUAGGGCGUUUCUUGCUGGCGAGACUGAUUCGACGGAAGAAUUGCUUGCAAGCUGUGGACGAGCAGUGGACCGCGUAUCACGAGGGAAGCAGAUUGUUCUCAUAGAUGGGGUGGGGUUUCCAGCUGUAGGCUCCAUUUGUGGGACGGAUAAUGCUCAGGUUCUACGAGCAUGUAGCUACCCUUUCUCAGAAACGCAAAGGCGGAAUAUGGGAGUCGUUCUGGUAGGAGGGGUUGGUGUCGGUGGUGCCAUCGAUUCGUUCAACAUGAACGCUGCCUACUUUGAACAAUCCAGAGUGAAAGUCUUAGGAGCAAUUUUCAACAAGCUUCCUGAGACUGGAUUUUACUCUUUGGAAAACUGCCGAGCCCAGGUUAGUGCAUAUUUUAGACAGAAUGAAAAGCAAGUACGGUUGGGUCGCGAACUAUUUGGCUUUGUUCCUCUCUAUCCAUUCCAUUCAAAGAGCGAUUCGAUGAGCAUAACGGAAGAUUUCAUCGAGGUUUUUGGAGCACAUGUUGACAUUCAGGGAAUUCUACGAGAGUCGGCGAAGCUAAAAGAAGCCGGAGAUAUGAAUAUCUCGUCAAGGGUUGAACCAGACGUUAAGCGACGAAAACUGUCGACAACUCGUCCCAAACGACGACGGGAGGAAAUUGAGGCUUUAGCGGUAAAGUCUGGGGCAAAAAAGUCAGCGUGA